CUCACCCUCUCUCUCUCUCUCUCUCUCUCUCUCUAGGAAACCAGUAGAGAGAGAACACCCACCAAAAGGGCCAAAAAGCAAAAAGCAAAGAGCAAAUGCAGGUCCCCAAACACCCACACUAGUACUUGUACUACCACCACCACUCCUCUCUUCUCCCUCCUCACUUUCCCAAACCAACACAACAAAAAUGGAUGAGCUUUGAAACCCAAACCCAACUCACUUCAACUCCCGUUCCCCCAGUUCUGGUCUUUUUUCCACCAAAAGAUGGAUUCCCAUUCCCAAAGACAGACCCUUUUUCCGGUCUUCUUUCUCACCAUACUAGUCUUGCUCCCACUAGUAACUCCAGAUCUGACCUCCGACCGCGCAGCCCUCCUCGCUCUCCGCUCCGCCGUCGGCGGCAGAACCCUCCUCUGGGACGUGACCAAGCCCAGCCCAUGCUCCUGGGCCGGAGUCAACUGCGACGACAACCGCGUCAGUGUGCUCCGUCUCCCUGGUGUGGCUCUCCACGGCACCAUUCCCACUGGCAUUUUCGGAAACUUGACUGCUCUCCGCACUCUCAGUCUCCGUCUCAAUGCUCUCACCGGCCCUCUCCCCUCAGAUCUCUCCGCCUGCGUUACUCUUCGUAACCUCUACCUGCAAGGGAACUUGUUCUCCGGCGAAAUCCCUGAGUUUCUGUACAGCUUGCAUGACUUGGUCCGGCUCAACUUGGCCUCCAACAACUUCUCCGGCGAGAUCUCACCCGCAUUCAACAACCUCACCCGGUUAAGAACACUCUACCUCGAGAACAACAACCUUCAUGGGUCUAUUCCGGCGUUGGACCUCCCCAAGCUCCAGCAGUUCAACGUUUCGAACAACUUGCUGAACGGGUCUAUUCCGGUGAAGCUACGUUCUUACAAAUCGAGCUCGUUUCUGGGGAAUUCUUUGUGUGGAGGGCCUCUCGGUGUUUGUCCUGGUGAGGUUGAAAAUGGGGACAUCAACUUGGACGGUAGUAAGAAGAAUAGCAAGCUCUCCGGUGGCGCUAUCGCCGGUAUUGUUAUCGGAUCUGUGAUUGGUUUCCUUGUCAUCCUGGCGAUUUUGUUCCUUCUGUGCCGAAAGAAGAGCAGCAAGAAGACCAGCUCGGUCGACAUUGCCAGGACGGUGAAGCACCCGGAAGUGGAGAUUCCGGGAGAGAAGCUGCCGGAGUCGGAGACCGGAGGUGGUUAUGGAAAUGGGUACUCGGUGGGGGCGGCGGCCGCGGCGGCGAUGGUGGGGAAUGGGAAGAGUGAAGCUAGUGGUGGUGGUGGUGGAGCUAAGAAGUUGGUGUUUUUCGGAAAUGGGCCGAGGGUGUUUGAUCUGGAGGACUUGUUGAGAGCCUCGGCGGAGGUUUUGGGGAAGGGGACGUUUGGGACGGCGUACAAGGCGGUUUUGGAGGCCGGGACGGUGGUGGCAGUGAAGAGGCUUAAGGAUGUGACCAUUACGGAGAAGGAGUUUAAGGAAAAGAUUGAAUCUGUGGGAGCUAUGGAUCAUGAGAGUUUGGUUCCUUUGAGAGCUUAUUAUUUCAGCAGAGAUGAGAAGCUUCUUGUCUAUGAUUACAUGCCCAUGGGAAGCUUAUCUGCGCUUUUGCAUGGAAACAAAGGAGCAGGAAGAACUCCACUGAAUUGGGAAAUCAGGUCAGGCAUUGCCCUUGGAGCUGCGCGUGGAAUUGAAUACCUACACUCUCAAGGCCCCAAUGUCUCUCACGGGAACAUAAAGUCCUCUAACAUCCUGCUCACAAAAUCCUAUGAAGGUCGGGUUUCUGAUUUUGGCUUAGCACACCUUGUUGGACCCUCCUCCACUCCCAACAGAGUUGCUGGCUACCGAGCACCAGAGGUGACUGAUCCUCGUAAGGUUUCACAGAAGGCCGAUGUUUACAGCUUCGGGGUACUGCUCUUGGAGCUACUCACAGGGAAGCCCCCAACCCAUGCUCUCUUGAAUGAGGAAGGAGUUGACCUACCAAGGUGGGUUCAGUCCAUUGUUAAAGAAGAGUGGACUUCUGAGGUUUUCGAUCUUGAGCUUCUGAGGUACCAGAACGUCGAGGAGGAGAUGGUUCAGCUAUUGCAACUUGCGAUAGAUUGUUCAGAACAGUAUCCUGAUAAACGCCCUUCAAUAUCUGAAGUGACAAGGCGCAUUGAGGAGCUACGCCGUUCUACAUUGCGAGAAGAUCAGCCGGAUGCUGUCCAUGAUAUUGACGAUGGGUCUUCGCGAUGAGUUGAUAUGUGCCCCUCCCAACGACCAUUUUCUUUCAUUGAUUUGUAGUACAAUAUCUGCUUUCUUGUGCCCAUACUUUUGCUUGUUAAGUUUCUUGCUCUUCUUGCAUGUUAAAUUCUGGGUCUCAUCUUACCUUCAUUAGGAGCCAACUAUUAUUUUUUUUACCCCUUUCUUUUAUCUGUCAAUGUACUAGUUUUUACAUUUUGAUUGAUACACUUUUGGGGUGGAUAUUUGUUCCAUUAGUUGUUGGUGGAUGAUGGUUGCUGUAAUUAUUACUUCACCUUUGCCUUUAUUGG